AAAUCAGCAUUCUUACCCCUUGUGGGUAGAGGCAGGCAGACAGCACCGUGGAGUGGAUUGCUCAGCAGACCGAUGCAUCCAAAACAAUGAAUUCACGUGAAGAGGACCUGGGGAAUGACACAAAUAGCGGACACUAGAGUGGUGAAUGCCUGCGCUUUGUACGACGGUCAUGGGCUGGCGUAGUACAGGUGAGCCAACGUGAGAUCCAAAGGCACGGUGUUGGACCGCUGGCACAUGGAAUUCUUGCCAUCCUAGCUUACCCACAUUUGUCUCACUGAAGAGAGAUGUCAAGAGACAGCAUGACUGCGGUGCGGGGAGCCCAUUCACACAAUGCCAGCCCAACAGCUCAAAAGGAGAAUGGGCACACCUCGCCUCACACCGUUCCACCUAGUCCGAACUUUCCUGAGCCUUCAACGGAGGACAUACUUGGACAUAGCCACAUGUCUUCUGCCAGCGACAUCACACACACCUGGGUACAUUUCGUGAAGACAUUUGUUUUGAUAUUCCCCAUUUACGCAUUGGGUUACUUUGAGUUUAGCUUCAGUUGGCUGUUGAUUGGACUUGUCAUCUUUUUCUGGUGGAGAAGAAUCAUAGGAGGAAAAUACAACAGAUUGCACCGGGCACUAUCCUUCUUUGAGCAAGAGGAGAGGGGCGUGAAGAGUCUUGCAACGUCUGAUCUACCAUCAUGGGUCCACUUCCCAGAUGUAGAACGAGUGGAAUGGAUAAACAAGACUGUCAAACAGAUGUGGCCAUACAUCUCACAGUUUGUGGAGAAGUUGUUCCAUGAGAAGAUUGAGCCCAGUGUGAAGGCCUCCAACGCUCACCUCAGCACCUUCUGCUUCAGCAAAGUGGACAUAGGAGACAAACCCUUGCGGGUCAACGGGGUAAAAGUUUACUCUGAAAAUGUGGAUAAACGCCAGAUCAUUAUGGAUCUCCAAAUCAGCUUUGUUGGAAACACAGAGAUUGAUGUGGACAUCAAACGGUACUACUGCAAAGCUGGCAUUAAAAGCAUUCAGAUCCAUGGUGUGCUGAGGGUAGUGAUGGAGCCACUGCUGGGGGAUAUACCACUUGUUGGAGCAUUGUCUUUGUUUUUCAUCAAGAAACCACUCCUGGACAUCAGCUGGACCGGCCUCACUAACAUACUGGACAUUCCUGGACUCAAUUCCUUCUCUGAAAGUCUCAUUCAAGAUAUAAUCUACAAUUAUCUGGUGUUACCCAAUCGCAUCACUAUCCCACUGGUGGGGGAUGUGGAGCUGGACCAGCUACGCUUUCCGAUGCCAAAGGGAGUUCUCCGGAUUCACUUCUUGGAGGCUCAAGACCUUGAAAUCAAGGAUACAUUUUUCGGUGGACUGAUCAAGGGCAAGUCUGACCCUUACGGCAUUCUACAGGUGGGCAACCAGUUGUUCCACAGCAAGACCAUAAAGGAGACUCUGGACCCUAAAUGGAACGAGGUCUACGAAGCGCUGGUGUACGAGCACUCCGGGCAGCACCUGGAGAUCGAGCUGUUCGACGAGGAUCCGGACAAGGAUGAUUUUCUUGGGAGUCUGAUGAUUGAUUUGACCGAGUUGUACAAAGAGCAAAAAGUUGAUGAGUGGUUUGAUUUAGAGGAGGCUCCCACUGGAAAGCUCCAUUUAAAACUAGAGUGGCUCUCUCUGCUCAACACUCCAGAGAAAUUAGACCAGGUGUUGCGAAGUGUCCGGGCAGAUUCAAGCCUGGCCAAUGAUGGACUAUCAUCAGCACUGCUCGUAGUCUAUCUGGACUCAGCAAAAAACUUACCGAGCGUCUUCACUGGCAGCUUAGGCUGUGGGAACUUAAGUGAGAGAAGAGCCUCUGGCCUAAUUUUUUGUGAGAGCAAUACUGCAGAGUACAGAGCAAGAUUUUCAGCAAAGAAGAGCAACAGCGAACCCAGCCCUUAUGUCCAAUUCACAGUAGGGCACAAAACACUUGAGAGCAAGAUUCGGUACAAGACCAAGGAGCCCAUGUGGGAAGACUGUUUUUCAUUCCUUGUUCAUAAUCCUCGGAGACAGGAGCUCGAAGUGGAGGUAAAGGAUGACAAGCACAAGUGCACCUUGGGUAACUUGAUGGUGCCUUUGAACAGCCUGUUGGCAGAGGAGGACAUGACGCUGACUCAGUGCUUUGCUCUUAAAAACUCUGGGCCUAGCUCCACCGUCAAACUAAAGAUGGCCCUGAGGAUUCUGUCGUUGGAGAAGCAGGGGUGCUCAGACCAGCCGUCUGGUGUCACCGUCAGAAAGUCAAGUUCGGCACAGCCAAAUAUAGCCUCCACCCAAAGACUGUCUGCUUCUUCUGACUCCACCCUACCCCCACCCACCCCUCCUUCAGGCAUGGCUGUAUCGUCUCUCAGCCUCCACUGCAGGGACGGAGAGCCUUACUCGGCCAGUCCUCUCCGAAGUACAUCCAACCUCAGCACCUGCAUUUCCAGCUCCCAGAAGCACCUUCCUCAUAAGGAAUCCACUCCCAGUUUGGCCUCAGAUGUCUCACUACCCUUUGCCACACAAGAGCUCCAACAGAGACUUCGCCAUCUACAGAAUGGCUCAGCCCCUGGCCAAUAUCCUCUCGGUGAAGUCCAGCUGACUGUUCGACACAGCUCACAGAGGAAUAAACUCAUUGUGGUGGUUCACUCUUGUCGAAAUUUGAUUGCCUUCACCAAAGAUGGCUCAGAUCCUUUUGUUCGUCUAUAUUUGCUGCCGGACAAAAGCCGGACAGGAAGAAGGAAAACAGGCACCAUGAAGAGGACUCUGAAUCCUGUUUAUGAUCAAACGUUUGAGUUUAGUGUAUCUAUGGUGGAAUUACACAGAAGGACACUGGAUGUAGCUGUGAAAAAUGGUGGCAGCCUUCUCUCUAAACACAGAGGGCUUUUAGGAAAGGCACUGGUUGAUCUGAGUGGGGAAGAUAUAUCUAAAGGAUGGACAAAUUGGUAUGAACUCACUGAGGAUGGAUUGUCUCAAAGCGUCAGAAGUAUUCAAGAUCCGCUCCUCACGUGAACACUGUUCCUCUGCUGUAUUAUGUGAUCGUUUGAUGUACGGGCCCAUAAUUUUAAAUGUAUCUAUUAUUUUGUAAAAUUUUCUAUGGUUUUGAGCAUGUAAAACAUUUCUUAAAUUUGAAGAAAUGCUCCUAUUACUUUACAAUUGAGGUGUUACAUAUUGUGUUGAAAAAGACUAACUGCUUUUAUUUUCAGUGUUUUGUGUAAAUAUAAAAAUCGUAAUUUGCAAAGAUUUCUUGGAAAUAUAUUUAUUUAUUCUAAUUUAAUUUAAAUAUGUAAAAACUGCAUUGCCUUUUGUCCAAUUUGUUAAAAUGUGAGUCUUUUACAUUAUGUAUCAAAACCUUUACCAAAGGACCCAAUACAGUCAUGUAUGUUGGCAAAGUCUCCAUGUGAUAUUGUUAUGCAGUGUUAUCGGAUUGUUUACUUUUUGAUGUUUUAUGCCUGAAUACAACUGAUGAAUGCACAAUAUGCACAGAAUGGAACUACUGCUCGAUAUUGUAAAGAUGACUGUGGAUGCUGGAUCUGUGAAUAUUGUCUUGGACACUGAAGAGACACAUUUAGGGCUACAGAGCAUUUCAAAGGAUUUGAUUUUACAAGUUGAACAAAAUGUGACAAAAUGUUAUUAUUUAUUUUACUUGGCUGUGACACUUGCCAAACGGGCUUAUAAAUGUUUGCAAUGCAGUAAUGACUGAGCUUUUUAAACUGUUUAUUUAUCAAUCCUGUGCCUUAAAACACUAUGUAAUUUUGCCUUGUUGUUAUGAUUUUGAAUGGUAUGAUGCCUCAUGAAUUUUUGAAAAUAAAUGUUUUCUCUUGUGAACA